GAGGGAGGGAGGAGGGGGGAAGCCAGGCAGGCGCUCGGCCUCCGGGGCCCGCCCUUCCCGGCCAUGCAGGAGCAGAAGCGGCCACUGCCGCCAGCCAGCGCCUGGGCCGAGCAAGGCAACGGGAGAGCCUUCCUUUGCGAAGGAAUAAAGGAAGGAAUAAAGUUCAGGGAGAGAGAAAGAGAAGAAGGGGACGCCGGAGGAGCCUAAUCGGGGCACAAGGGCCGCUUUUCCCUUCCCCUCCCUUCCUCCUCCUCUUUCUCUCCUCCCGAGGAGCCCGCCUUUUCCGGGGCCCUGAUCCCUAAGAAGGAAGGAAGGAAGGAAGGAAGCGAGGAAGAGAAGGUAUUGGGACCAACCUACCACCCGGAGUGAAGAUCCAUCCACUCAAGGCAAAGAAGAAAGGAAUUAGAUCAUGUUGUUGAGGCAUCAAGGGGGGAUUUGGUGUUUCCAUGUGGCAGAAACGACUCACACCGAUGCGCCGGGAAUUCAGCAUCUUGGAUGAAGAAGCCUAGCUUGUGGCAGUGGAUAACUAAGGUGCCACCUUGCUUGAUUUGUCUGGGAUUGCCCUUCUGCCGGCUCCUUUCUCGGUAUCGUAGUCUUCCAAGCCUUUAAUUUUAACUCGGGGACAUUAAUGGAAUGAUGGUGCGGAAAAGGCAGAGAGGUCUUGCCGGGCUCAGCAGGGACUCCUUGGGAGGCAACCGGAGGGGGAGCGGUGGUGGAAGCGGGGUCCCACGAGGCAUGUUCCUGCUCCCCAGGCACUAUGGCUAGCAGUGGCUCUGGCAAGUCUACCAGCGAGGUAUCAGCUCCCAGUGGCAGCGCGUUGCAGAGGAAGAAGCUGACGUCCAUCUGUGACCACUGCAAGGUCAAGAUGCAACUGGUGGCCGAUUUGCUCCUCUUGUCCAGCGAGAGCCGGCCGGUCAACACAGAGAGCCUGUCUGUAUUUGGGGAGUCCUUUGAGAAAUGCCGGGACACCAUCAUCGCCCGGACGAAGGGCCUCUCGAUCCUGACCCACGAUGUCCAGAGCCACCUGAACAUGGGCCGCUUCACCGAAGUGGGGGAGAUCCUAACAGAGAUUGCCGAUUUGGUGGUCUCCUUGACCGAGUGCUCGGCCCACGCCGCUUACUUGGCAGCCAUAGAGACGCCAGGUGCCCAGCCGGCUCUGCCUGGGCUGGUGGACCGCUACAAAGUGACCAGGUGCAAGCACGAGGUGGAGCAUGCAUGCAGCGUCUUGAAGACCACCCCCUUGGCAGACCUGAGCCCGCAGCUACUGCUGGAGGUUUCUCAGAACAUGUCCAAGAACUUGAAGUUCCUGACGGACUCCUGUGUCGCGGCCAGCGAGAAAUCCAAGGAUAGGUUCGCCAAGGAGCAGUUCAAGCUCAGCGUCAAGUGCAUGAGCACCAGCGCUUCGGCCCUCUUGGCCUGCGUCAAGGAGGUCAAGACUUCGCCCAGUGAGUUGACCCGCAGUCGGUGCGUCCUGUUUAGCGGGCCCUUGGUGCAGUCGGUCUGUGCCCUCGUCGGCUUCGCCACCGAGCCUCCGUUCUUGGGCAAAGCGGCCGCCAUCAAUCCGGAGGGCAAAGUGGUGCAGACGGCCAUUUUGGGAGGCGCCAUGAGCGUAGUCUCUGCGUGCGUCCUUCUCACUCAAUGCCUCAGGGAUAUCGCCCAACAUACCGAGAGUGGCUCCAAGGUGACCGAAUGCAGGGAACGGUUGAGGAACUCGGCUUGCGCCGUCUCCGAUGGCUGCAACCUGCUAUCUCAGGCACUCCGAGAAAGAUCGUCGCCUCGGACUUUACCGCCGGCAAACUCCAAUUCUGUGAAUUAAACUUUUUGUCCAUUUAGGCCCCUUCUACACUGUUAUAUAAUCCACAUGGUCUGCUUUGGACUGCAUUAUAUGUGUCUGCACUGCCAUAUAAUCCAGCCCAAAGCAGAUGACCUGGAUUUUAUAUGUCAAAGGGCCCUUAGAAAGCAUGGUCACUGCUUAACAGAAAUGUAACUAGAUCCCCUCCCUGGCCCUCUGUUUUGUGUAUACCAAAGAAGUUGUGCAUAUGAGCCCAGUCCUUUGAAUGCAAGGAUUAUUAUUAUUGUCAUCAUCAUUGUUUACUAUUAUUUGGCAUGAUGAGGUAGCAAAGCUCCAGUUUUUCAUCAAAUAGUUGAUUUUUGGGUGGUGGGAGGGGGGAAAGUCAGGAAGAUAUUGAGCAAAUUCAAGAGCCAAAGUAGGCAAGAGAGAAGCUUGUAGGAAGACGAGAUGAGAGCUCUAUGAUUCCCAGGGAUUCGGUGGGUAAAUCCACUUUUGGGACUGUAACAGAAGUUUAUCAAGUUACUGCAGCCAUUGGCCAUGCUGUUGAGGGAUUUUUAGUCCCAGCUACUAGACAUGUCCGAAAAAUCAUUUUGAAUCGUAUAUCGGAAUUAUUUCGGAUUGUUCUCGCUUUUUGAUACGCAUUCCGAGACAUUGUCUCACAGCGCAACCAGCAAUGUAAUUCGAACCAUUGUCGGCCCAUUCUCUAAUUGUCUCUUAAUGUUUCGUUAAUUUUUUCCCCCCAAUUUUUUUUAAUAUAUUUUUUAAUUUUUUUUUAAUUUUUUUUGUUUCUGCAACCUACCUAGAAUGGGAGCUUAGCGCAGCCUAACAUGGCUGCCGCUCCCAGGCCAAUCAGAAGCUUCCACGACGGACGCAAAGGGGGGGGCUAGGGUUGAUGAGGAUAACUCAAGAAAUGAGGGCGGGAGAGCCCUGUAAAAGACCCCCCACCCCGGGUUCCUUUUUUGGGGGGGGCGAUUGCGCAUGCGCGUCCGCCAUUUUAGAAACAUUUAGAAUCAUUACAAAUUUUUGGAAAUAUCCGAAAUUUUUGGAUGAAAAAAUCGAAAAUACUUUCUAUAUCGAAGCGCCAGCGCCCCCUACUUUAGAAACGAGAAUUAAAACAUUUUUUUCAUUGAUCGGACAUGCCUACCAGCUACAGUAGUACCAUUGAAUCAAUUGUUAAAAUGAUGAAUCAAUAGUUCGGGGUGGAUAACUGUGGAAGGCUAAGGGGAGCACAUUAGUUCCCCAGAAGCACUGGGGGUCAAACUCACAUUGUUUUUGCCCCCCCCCCCCCCCAGGCUCAGCAGCAGUCUUUGGAGCAUUCUCACUAUAUAUUUGGUGCUUCCUGGGCCUUUGGAGGACAAAAAUAUAUGUUUCUGAAACAUUUUGCAAAUGAUUUGGCCCUUGGAGGUUCAAAGGGGGGUGGGCUCUCAACGUGGUGGAAAUAUUCUCCACGUUUCAGAGCGUUUUUGAUUUCCUCAUUUUUUUGAUCUCUUAGGGGGUUUUAUGUGGCCCAAAUGCCACACUUAGUCAACUUCUUACAUAGAUGAAACCCACUGAUAUGAGCGUAAUAGGGACAAAAUUAUAGGAUCUAGGCUUCUGAGUUUGAGUUCAUAAUAUUCUGCUCCUUCCUUUAGACUAUGUGGGUCAAAGUUAUGGCCCAUGGGCCGAAUCCAGCUCGCCAUGUCAUUUUAUGUGGCCUUGUUCUGUUUAGUCAGGAGAAUGGGGUCUGAAUUUAGAGAACAAGGCUUGUGGGUGUGAUCAGGGUCGUAGCCAGAAAAUUUUUUUGAGGGGAGGGUUGAAAAUUUGGGGGGGGGGGUUGAACCCCUACCCCCCCCCCCUCCCCCCGGCUACAGGACUGUCAAUAUUUGCUUGAGAUAGUGCUUGCAGUUCUGGAGGGACUCUUAAUUUUUUGUGUCUCAUAGACUUAGCAUGGGGAUUUGGUUAACCAGUUAAAAUUCAUGAGUAAACCAGGUUUUUUUUUUAACCUGAAAAAUUUCGCCGUGUGAUGCAUGACUUUAAAAUGUCCCCAACCUCAGAGCUACAUGUGCUGUUGGUUUGCAAUCUCCAUUAUCCCCAGUCUGCAUGAUGGAUCAUCAAAAGUAAUGGGAGUUGUCUUUUAAUAACAGCCGGGGUCCCAAACUGGGUAAAAACUAAAAAGCACCUACCACUAUGUAAUAAAAUUAUAGUUAGCCCUCUGUGUCCUUGAAUUUUCCCUUCAUAGAUUCAAUGGCCCUUUGGAGGCAACCAUAAGCCUGAUGUGGCCCUCAAUAAAAAUGAGUUUGACACUCCUGUUUUACAUUCUAUGUAGAGCAGUGGUUCCCAACCUGUGGUCUCUGGACCACCAGUGGUCCCCAAAAACUAAAAUAUGGUCCACGGCCUCACUGUUACUACACCAUUUCAAAGAGAGCGACUGGUCUCGUGAAACCCUCUUAUAUUGUCGAGGCAAUUGGGAUGUUGGGAGGGGAGAGACUGACUACCCAUGAAAGGGGUAGCAACAAGCCUCCUGACUGCUGCUUCUCCUCCUCAUCCCUCCCCCUGAGCACGUAGCGCCUGGAAGCGUGGGGCGCCUUGGUGUCUUUGUUUUUAGGCCUGUUCCUGGGGUUAUUUGGGGGGCUGAUUCAGAAAAUUGCAUUGGAUAGACCACAUCAGCUCUAGAUUAUUAAAUAUGGUUUUCUGUGGGCGAGCAGAUGGCGACUACCGGAUGGCAUCUAUAUAUAUAUAAAAGGGUAAUGAAAUUUCGGCCUAGGACAAAACAACAAAACUACACAUCCCAGAAACACUAAACUUGGCAGCGCAACCCCUCAUCCAUGCCUCUACGUUCAUACAACAAAAAGAAAACAAAAAUAAAAUCCUAAUUAGAGGGAGAGGAAUAAUUGUUUUUAUCUAAUUGCUGCCAGUUAGAAGGCUAAGCUUCGCCCACUUGGUCUCCUAGCAACCCACUCAGCCCAGGGGACAGGCAGAGUUAGGCCUCACUUAGGCCUCUUCUACACUGCCUAUAAAAUACAGAUUAUCUGAUUUUAACUGGAUUAUAUGGCAGUGUAGACUCAAGGCUCUUCCACGCAGCUAUAUAACCCAUUUAUAAUGGACUUAAUGUUAGGGGAAAACCUUUACCCUUGACCUUAACUACCACCAAUUCCUCAAUACUUUAUUUCCCAUACCACCAGACUUCGCCACAGCAACGCGUGGCCAGGCACAGCUAGUAUGUUCUGUAUGAGAAACUAGAAUUGAUGUGGUCUAUCCAAUGCAAUUUUCUGAAUAACCAAACUGAAUCUAAAGUUGACCAAAAACUGAAUCAUAAUUCUUUUGGUACUAACGUUGGAGGCUGGUCCCUGGUCAAAAAAAGGUUGGGAACCACUGAUGUAGAGUUUGAUGGGCUUCUAGAGAAGAAAAGUCCCAUCGUGUCGAAAUGUAGCUAUCUUUCUUACUGCUGACGGGACUCAGAAAGCUAGUAAAUUUGUUUUGAGGCUAGCAACUUUGGCAGCCUGAUUUGUAAACCUAAUUAAAUAACCUUAUAUAGCUGUGGCCUACAAAUAAGCAAUUUAGUCCAGUUUUACAAACAAAACAACAGUUUAAAGGUCUUUAUAAAUGAGGGUGAGGGAUGCCUUAAUUGCACUGGUUGCGGUUGAACACUUAUGAGUGAGGUAUUUUUUCUAAUUUUUUUUUUCUUUUAGUCUUCCAGAAUAUCCCUUCUAAAUUUUACUGUUAACUUGUGCAGGAAGAAAUAAAAAGUUACCUCAAUUUUCCUAUAGCCUGAAAGAAGCACCAAUUUAAUGAUGGAUGUAGCUUCCUUUUUUUGUUUGUGGUUUUGUCUGGUUUCUUUUGAAUCAAGUCUUAGCUUAGAAGUGCCGUGUGAAAAGGAGUGAAGGUUGGAUCUGAUUUCCGAACGAAGGGAAAAGCUACUGUGAGCGUGUUUCGAACGGGGCGGGUGAUAUUACACUAUUAACAGGAACGUGAUUUGGGUUUUUCUUAUUAUUAUUAUUUGUUUUGGUGUCAGUUUGUUUUUAAUCUUGCAUGUACUGGAGUAUUUAUUUCAUCUAUUAAAAUAUUGUUUCUCAGA